AUGAAGAUUGACAAGAUUAUGAGCUCCAUAGGUGCUGGAAUUGGAACAGAGUUGGAGGGGAUUACGGAGGAUCACUCAGGUCCCCGCUGCCCCGUCCAGUCCGUGGGACAGUGGCUGGACAACAUCGGUCUCGUGCAGUAUGAAAACCACCUGCUGUCUAACGGCUUCGACAACGUUCAGUUUAUGGGUAGUAAUGUCGUGGAGGACCAGGACCUGCUAGAGAUUGGAAUUUUAAACUCUGCCCACAGACAGCGACUUCUUCAGGCUAUUCGCCUGCUGCCCAGGGUGAGUACAGACAAAGACACUGAACUGAAGAGCAUUGUAAUGAAAAGUAGCUGUACGAAACGUGCUGAUCAUUGA